UGAAGCCGAAUUGUUUAACACAAAAUGGCUGCAACCAUCAUCAGAGGCAACAAAACAAACACAAGGCGAGCAGAGACAGAUAACGAUGGGACAAAAUCGUGAAUUCCCGAACAGCAUUCAUUUCUCAUCUUGUCGUCUUCGAACGUCACCAAAAACACCAGCAGGUGCCUACUCUCCACCCCCCCUAUCUAUUAUGCACACAUCACAUGGCGAUAACCAUCCUUUUCCCCUUCCCCACCAUUACAACCCAAAACAUUAUUCAUUUUACUUUACCAAUUAGUACUGCCGGUUCUUCGAUUUAUCAUCUCUCUCUCUCUUCUUCAGCACAACCCACAUAGCCAAAUUCAGACCGACAAACAGAGCGUCUGCUAUGAAGCGUGCACUCAUGUCUGACGAUGCAGCGGCGAAUACUGGGGGAGACAAGAAGAUGAAGAGGGUUAGGGUUGACGAAGAGGAAGAAGAUGGGGAAAAAGGAAUUGGGUUUGUGAAUCUGGAUGAGAAUCUGCUGUACGAGGUGUUGAAGCAUGUGGACGCGAGGACGCUGGCGGCGGCGUCCUGCGUGAGCAAACUCUGGCACAGGACGGCGCAGGACGAGCGGCUCUGGGAGCUGAUCUGCACCAGGCACUGGGCUAACAUCGGCUGCGCCAAUCAACAGCUCCGAUCUGUGGUCCUCGCUCUCGGGGGGUUCCGUCGUCUCCACUCCCUUUUCAUCUGGCCUCUUUCUAAGUCCCAGUCGUCCGGCUCGUCUUCUUCCUCUCCAUCGUCGUCGUCUUGGGCCCCUUUCGGGCCGAUGAUGGGAUCGAAGCCGCCAACUCGGUGGGGAAAAGACGAGGUUCAUCUCUCGCUCUCACUUCUCUCUAUUCGCUACUACGAGAAGAUGAACUUCAAGAACGGAGGCAGAUGAUUUCUAUCAUCCAUUAAUACUUCUAAUUGCAGUUUUCUUUUUCCUUGGUGCCGCUAAGUGCAGCAUUUGAUGUCUUUUAUGGUUUUGAUUUUUCACAUGGGUCGAUAUCUAGAUCUGUAUGCUUACUAUGUAUUAACGUUUCCUGAUUGACUUUUUGAGCUUCUUGUAUAAACUGAAAUGGAAUUGUCAAAUUUGUGCAUAAUUGUGUCA